ACUAAAAACAGGCUAUUAACACAGAUCUGAGGUGAUAAGGAAACCAUUCAUGCCACAACAUCAGCAGUGAUACUUCACCCAUCAAAUACCCGAAACAAACAUGUCUAGCAAAUAUGCUCUGCUUGAUGAGGAAGCACCAGAUCUCAGAAUUGCACUUGUUGGGAAAACCGGAGUUGGGAAAAGUGCAGUAGGAAACACCAUCUUAGGGGGAAAGCCUUUUGAAUCUAAGCUGUCUUCUUCAUCAGUGACAUCAAAGUGUCAGAAAGAAACAGGCUCACAACUAAGGGUGGUGCUGGUGGGUCAGGAGAAAGUGGGGAAGAGCUCAGCGGGAAACACCAUCCUGGGAAAGAAGGAGUUUAACUGUAGGAUGAGCUCCAGCCCUGUGACUCUGAGCAGUGAGAAGAUAGAAGCUGAUGUUCUGGGUCGCAGAGUCUCUGUGGUCGACACCCCCGGACUCUUCAGCACUCGACUGUCUACAGAACAGGUGAAAGCAGAGCUGUUAGAAGCUCUCAGGCUGAGCUCUCCAGGCCCUCACGUCUUCCUCCUCAUCCUCCAGCUCGGAAGAUUCACCCCACAGGAGCAGGAAGGGCUGAAAACUCUGCAGAAGAUGCUGAGUCCUGAUGUCUCCAAACACACCAUGCUGCUGUUCACCUACGCAGACCGACUGGAAGACACAGACAUAAAGCAGUUCAUCAGAGAGGACGAGAACCUGCAGGAGCUGCUGACAAGCUGCAGCGGUGUGUACCAUGUGUUCAACAACAAAGAGAUCAGAGACAGGGGUCAGGUGAUGGAGCUGCUCAAGAAGAUUGACUCCAUGGUUCAGGAUAAUGGAGGAAUAUACUACACCUAUGAGAUGGUCAGAGAGCCUGAGAUGGAGCCCAAAGAAGCAAGAAGACGAGCAGAGAAAAACAACUGGCUUAUACGGGUCAUUCUAGUAAUUAUUGGAGCAGCUGCUGGAGCUGGUAUUGGAAGUGUGCCAGGUCCAGUAGGCGCUGCAGCAGGAGCUGCAGUGGGUCUUGUAGCGGGACCUGCAGUUUUGGCCAUUAAAAGGAAGCUGUGCAGAAUACAGUAACAAUCAGAAUUAUUAACUGCAGAAGCUCAUUAAUGUCAGAUUAACAAGACCCAGGGACAUACUCUGAUUAAAUAUGUGACACUUGAUCGAGCUAUUUGUGCUUUUGUUUCACUGAAUGUACAAUUUUACUAACUAAUUUCAUGAGCAGUUAUUGAUUAGGUAACAUGUUAUUGGCAGCCACAGAAAACGAAGUCUUUGAGUAUAUCAUCAGUUUAGUGUUCUGUCAGGAAGCUGCAGUCCUAACCCUGCGCUCUGUGUCCACAUGAGACUCAAAGCUUCUUUCAAAUUAAAAUUUUAUUUGUCACUACGGAUGGGUAUCGUUUAGGUUUUAUCCGAUACCGGUGCCAAACCGGUACUUUUGAAACUG